CAAUCUCUCAUUUUUCUCCUUGCUACGCAGUAUGGACCCUCAGGGUAGCAGUGAGGACCCUCAGGAUAGUAGUCCUCAGACUUCUGACUCUUCUGACGCUGAUGUUUAUCCUCCAGUGUAUGGACCCUCAGGGUAGCAGUACGGACCCUCAGGGUAGCAGUAUGGACUCUAGUAGUCCUGUGGAUUCUAACUCUACUGACCCUAACGUUUAUCCUCCAGCGAACAUGAAUAUCACCCUUCUCCAUGCUGGUAAACCUAAUGUCCAAAAAAUUCCAACUGAUGCGACAGUUGGUUUCGUGAGGGAACUCUUACAUGAAAGGUUUACCAUCCCAUUGGAGAGGGUGGAGCUGCACAUUAAUCUUCUUCCACUACCACUACAGCCAUUACCGGAUGAAAUGAAUAUGCUAGAUGUUUAUCCUUUUUUGGAAGAGAAGCAUGAAUUCCGUUUGUACAGGAAAAUUGAGAUUUGGAUUAAGAUAGUAAGCUCUGGUGAACGAUAUGGGUUACUUGUGAAUGAGAAUCUUAAAGCGGCCUUCUUGUACGCAAUACUCACUUCAAAUGGAAUUGAUAUUAAGCACAAGUUGCUUUACUAUCCAGAAAAUCAACCUGUUGAUGAUAGUUUGCUUCUUUGGGGUUGCGGAAUUCGUGAAGGGUCUGAGCUAUAUCUAAAAUGAGUUCCAUUAGGGAUUAACUAUGAUAUUAUAAUACUAUAUUACCAUAAAUAAAUACACCCUAGUGCAUAAUUAUUAAUAUAGGAAAUAAUUUCAAGUUUACAAGUCCAAGUUUGGGAAAUUGAAUGUAGUGAAGCAAGCAAAUCCAAUGAAUUUUCCAUGAAUUUUAUGGAAAUCUUGAACAAGUA